AUGGCGAUCAUCAUUGCCGCAUGCACCCUUAUCAUUAUCUUGGCCAGCGUCUGGACAGUGAAACAACGAUAUCAGGCCACAAGACGGUUGCCAUUACCGCCUGGACCGCCUGGACGUUGGCUAUUAGGAAAUGCGAUGCCAAAGUCAUACGCGCCGUUUCAAUUCGCGAGAUGGACAGAACAAUACGGACCUGUGUUCUCGCUCAAGCAAGGCCAUAGGAUUUUUGUAAUUAUAGGACGUCAUCAGCCAGACAUGAAGUGGAUUACGUCACAGGCUGCAGUGGAUAUCAUGGAAAAAGAAGGAGCAAAUGUUGCCGGCCGCCCACGUUUUAUUGGAGUGCAAGAGACGUUGUCUGGCGGGUUCAGGGUGUCCCAUGAGGACAGGGAUGAGAUAUUGCGCCGGAUGCGCAGGGUCUUACAUCCAAACUUGCAACCUAAGGUUGCGGAGACCUACGAGCCCAUGCAGACCAGGCAUGCGAAGAAUCUGGUUCUAGAUAUCUUAAAUGAUCCACAGAACCACCAGAGACAUGCCAUGCGGUUUUCUACGCUUAUUGGUCAAGCUAUGAAGCCGGGAGCAUAUCUUGUGGAUUCGUAUCCAAUCCUGCGUUUCGUCCCAGGCUACCUGAGCGAGCUGAAGGCAUGGCACAAAGAAGAACUUGCUUUCUAUGACGGGCAGUUAGACGCAGUGCGAAGACAGAUGAUAUGCUCGCUCACCACUGUAAAGCGUGAGGGAACUGCUACAGGUCCAUCCUUUGCGAGGUUCAUAUUAGAGCACCAGAAACAGUACCAGCUCAAAGAUGCGGGACUGGGAUACCUUGCAGGUGUUGUAUUUGCGGCCGGUUAUGAUACGACUGCGUCCGCGAUCACAAUUAUGAUGAUGGCUGCUGCCACUCAUACAGAUGCGCAGGCUCGCGUACAAGAGGAACUCGAUAACGUCGUGGGGCGUAUGCGGCUGCCGAUGUUUACUGAUCAGGAGGUGCUGCCGCAGGUUACUGCGUUCAUACUCGAGAGUCUCAGGUGGAGACCUGUCACUCUUGGAGGCCUUGCGCAUCGCGCGAGUAAGGACGUCAUUUGGAACAACUACCUCAUUCCGGCAGGUGCGACUGUUGUUGGGAACCAUUGGGCCAUCGCAAACGAUCCUGAAGUCUUUCCAGAACCACAGACGUUUAAUCCUCAGCGUUGGAUUGACGAUGCAGGUCGUGUGCGCGGUGAUCUCCGGUUUUUUACUUAUGGCUUUGGCCGUCGAGUGUGUCCCGGUCAACAUCUCGCGAAUCGGUCCAUCUUCAUCAAUACGGCUCUCAUUCUGUGGGCCUUCCGCCUUUCUGAGAAUCCUGCCGCGAAGAUUGACACGCUUGCAUUCACGGACACUUUACACAUACAAGCUGCUCCGUUUGAGAUAUGUUUUGAGAAGAGGAUCGAUGAGAACGUGAUCAGGGAACUAUGCGUACCGGGAAAAUAA